GUGUGUCCUGAUCACUGCGCCAUCUACAGAAAUAAAAUGAAUAAAUUUGGUAACACCCGAUACCACUUCUGGUUCACGCUCCGUUCGGUUAACAUCCAGUAGCACCAGACACACUACAAUGGCAGAUCUCAGCGCCAGGGAAGUCGAAAAGGUGGAAUUUGCCUUCUCGAUUUACGAUGCCGAUGGUAGCAACAACAUCGACUGCAUGGACCUUGGUAACGUCCUUCGGGCCCUCAACCUGAACCCUACAAACGCCACCAUAGAAAAGCUUGGAGGAACGAAAAAGAGGGGCGAGAAAUUGAUGAAACUCGAUGAAUUCUUGCCGAUUUAUAGCCAGUGCAAAAAGGAUAAAGAACAAGGGUGCUACGAAGACUUCCUCGAGUGUUUGAAGCUGUACGACAAACAAGAAAAUGGAACCAUGCUUGCCGCUGAACUUUCGCACACACUACUCGCGCUUGGUGAACGUCUCGAGGACGCACAAGUAGAAGAAGUACUGAAGGACUGUAUGGACGCAGAAGACGAAGACGGUUUCAUCCCUUAUGCCCCAUUCUUGAAGAAGAUGAUGGUACUAUUACCAUCAUCAUAAGCAAACCAGAUGGCACUGUCACAGUAUUCGUUCUUCCGUUCCUUCGUCGAUUGUGCGACAGAGCGACGGAAGGGGACGAAUGAAGUGACAACAAGAGCAUUGCCAUGUCGGUAUUCAUCCGUCGGCAAACUCCACGUCAACGAGGGACACGUCAGUUCGUCAUACUCAUCACACUUUUCAUCCCCUGUUAAAAAAUUAUCUGGCGCAUCCGAGCGUCAUACAUUUCAUAUUUACGCGUAAAACGAGGAAACAUAUUUCGAGUCAGCAUCGUCGUUAUCGAGUCUUUCGAUAACAAAAAAAAAAAGAAAAAA